UCUCCACUUCUCACCUCCAUUGAUUCUCAUCUCGCGUUGCUCCGUUACAAAUCUCAUCUCCUCCAAUUUCUACAACAUUCCACUAUGAUUUCCAUGCCAUUCGAUUGCUGGCUCAUAAAUUUUCUCAUUUCUUCUUUCAUUUUCUCGAGAAACAAACAGUUUCACUCUCCAUUCAAUCAAACUGCCCCAUGGCUGCUCUAGCCAGCUCUCUUCUUCAGUCUUCACUCCAGAUCCGUACUUCCGAUUCUUCUUUUGGGUCUCUUUUUCCAUCUACAAUACAUCGGAUUGCACCCAGUUUCAACCUCAAGUGUUCCCGCCUCCACUCUCUGUUUUCCCUCGACGGCGGACCCAGAAGAAUUUUAUCUUUGAAAUCGGUUUCAGUCAAUGUUUACGCGGACCCUGCGUCGGCCUCUCCCUCUGUUGUUGACGAAUACCAGGCCAAGUCUGAGCUCCUUGCAUCCUUGAAGGUCAAGCUACUGACUGCGGUUUCAGGGUUAAACAGAGGUCUUGCUGCUGAUGAGGAUGAUUUACAGAAGGCAGACGAGGCUGCCAAGGAGAUUGAAGCUGUUGGGGGGCCUGUGGACCUCUCAGUUGAUCUUGACAAAUUGCAAGGAAGAUGGAAAUUGAUAUACAGCAGUGCAUUCUCAUCUCGUACUUUAGGCGGUAGUAGACCAGGACCUCCCACGGGAAGGCUACUUCCUAUUACUCUUGGUCAGGUGUUUCAGCGAAUCGACAUCAUCAGUAAAGAUUUUGAUAACAUUGUAGAACUCGAACUAGGUGCUCCUUGGCCUCUACCUCCUGCUGAAGUCACUGCUACAUUGGCUCACAAGUUUGAAAUCAUAGGGUCUGCUAAGAUUAAAAUUAUUUUUGAGAAAACGACCGUGAAAACAACUGGGAACUUGUCACAGCUUCCACCAUUAGAGGUACCUCGGAUUCCAGAUGCCUUGAGGCCUCCGUCCAACACUGGAAGUGGUGAAUUUGAAGUCACUUACCUUGACAACGAUAUUCGAAUCACCAGAGGAGAUAGAGGAGAACUCAGGGUGUUUGUUAUCUCAUAAUAUCAUCACAGGCAUGAUGAGAUUUUGUUUGCUGUAUCCUCAAGUUCAAACAUCGCCUCAAUGGAGUCAAAAUUUUACGAUCCACCAUUGUCUAUAAUUAUUAGUUUUGUUAUGGACUCUUGAUACCAACUUAUACUUUAGAGAUCAACUGGUGUAACCAUAGUCAAAAGAAAAGCACAGACUCUGGAUUUUUACAUUGUUCACUGUAAGUAGUAUCAUUGUCUUGAUCAGUUUAUUGAUCAUUCAGCUUACAAAUGUAAAAUGGUAAACUCUUUUGCCCAUCUUAUCCGCUCCGAUAAUGGCAUGUCGAAUAAGAGAGCUUUUUAGGUUCUAAAA